CGCCCUCGUCGGAAAAGAUCCCUGGCCUGAAGGCACGUCACUUCCGCUCGCCAUUUCGCGCGGUCCCGCACGCUCUCCUCGCGGGCUCUGCAGCCGCCACCGCCAUGACGGACCGCUACACCAUCCACAGCCAGCUGGAGCACCUGCAGUCCAAAUACAUCGGGACGGGCCACGCCGACACCACCAAGUGGGAGUGGCUGGUGAACCAGCACCGGGACUCGUACUGCUCCUACAUGGGCCACUUCGACCUCCUCAACUACUUCGCCAUCGCCGAGAACGAGAGCAAGGCGCGCGUCCGCUUCAACCUCAUGGAGAAGAUGCUGCAGCCCUGCGGGCCACCCGCCGACAAGCCCGACGAGUCUUAGCCCCCACCGCCGUGCUCCCGGCCUCGGCCCCGUCGGGACAGGACGGGGCGGGCCGCAACCACCGCGGGAGGGCGCAGGGCCCGCGUGCAGCGCGGGCGUCCGCGGGCCUCCCUCCGCCUUCGUGGGGUGCCCCUCGAACGGCUCGGAUGGGGACAAGGCUCGGAAAAUGCCCGCUUCUGGACAGCUUCGGCUCCUUGAACUGUACCGGCGGUCGGAUUUUUUGAAAUGGGGAAUAAUAAAACUCGCUGGGCAUUUCCAACAUUUGGUUUGGUUUGGUAGUCUGCUCAUAAGAGCGCAUUAUUAUGAAGGGAGUGCGGAUUGCUUGGUGUAUUAAGUGUUUAGUACAACCAUCCGAGGUGCGAGUCCCGAGUACUUUGCAGAUAGCGUUUGCCUAGACGAACUCGUUGAUGUUAGCUUACCAAAACCGUGUUUUGAGCAGAGGAAGCUCGUUGCCGCUCAAAGGGUUUGACUUGUUAGCUUUUAUUAUGUGGGGUGAUUUCUGGUACCAGCGAAGUUGAUUGCUCUGAGGCUUUAAAACUAAGAAAUGGGCUUUUAUUUAAAUACCACUUUCUUACCUAGUUUUCCUUUCCAGUAUCUUUAAAUUUUCCAAAGCCUUAUUUUGAAUAAACUUGGCUAUUUUCUUUUUUCUUUUUAAUUAAUGCUUUCUAGUUAUCUGUUUUGGUUUUUUUUUCCUGUAUUGCCCAGAACAGGUGUAUUAAUGUGGGAUUAGACAUUGUUAAUAUGGAACAGGACCAUCGGGGUUACUCACUACUACUUUAAUUUAAAAUACCUAGAGGUGACACAACCUUAGACUGCAAACUCUACUGAUACUGGAUUUAAUUUGUCACUUAAAACAGGCUUUCUAUUCACUUGUCACGGUUAAAUUCAGCGUUCUGAUGAAUGGGAAGACCUCAAGAGGAAAACUUAAGAGAUAAAUUGCUUAGAGAUAUUACACGCUGUCGUUUCUGACCUGGAGCAUUGUAACUGGGGGAGUGUGCUGGGUUUUAGGGUUUUGUUGUGGGAUUUUUGUGUGUGUUUUGGGUCUUUUUUACAUUGGAGAGGAAAGUUCAGUAUUUCCUUUUAAGACUGCAUGGAAGCUUACUAAUGUCGUAAAUCCGCAAUCUCAAACUUUUCAGUGACAACUACUUACACUAUUGUGUCUUAAAACUAAAUUACUCAUACUGUAGUAAAAUAAGGACAAGUGUACAAGGUUCUGGGGCCACCUUCAAGUCAGUACAUCUGUCUUCUGAAAAAUCCAAGGGUGGCAUAUUUCCAGUUGUGUUGCACUACACAAAGAUGAGGGCAUGGAUGAAGCAGCCCUAAAUGCACUGUACCUGCAAGUUUUGUGGGGAACUAUUGCAAUUUCCAAUAAUUGAGGGAGGUUUGUGGAAUACUCCUAGUUUUCACUUUUCAUGCCAGCUAGCACAGGUCAUUUGAGGAGCAUUUGUUCCUUGUUAGUGCUUAUUAAUAGAUAUGCAAUGCAGUCUUGCAAAAACUGAGCAAAAUUUGUGUCUUAAGCUUGUUUCUUGUCCAGUUAAUAAAAGCCUCUUCUAUGA